AUGCAGACUAACCACACCCCCUUAUCUUACAAGGAGGCCACUGGAGUUUCAUCGAAUAACCUAGUAAUUGAACAAGUUUGUAAUAAGGGGGCGGGCGAUAAUCAUGAUUACUUAGAUGAUGAACUUGGAAAAGACGAUUGGACCUUAGUGCGAAACAAGCGCGUAAAAUGCAAGUUUAUUGGUUUAAAAAGCAAGGCUGAUAUGCACGGAGACUGCAAAUUUAAAGCAGCAAAUAUAAAAAUCCCGUUUUAUAUUUACAACGUUGAUAACAGCUGCGAGACUGAUGACAUAAUGAAUUAUAUUAAAUGUAAAACUAACACUGACGUUCGACCAGAGAAAGUAAAUAUGAAAUUCAAAAAGGGUUAUGGAGCUUACAAAUUUAUGAUUCCAAAGGAUAAAUUACAUGUGUUUAUGGAUGAAAAUCUAUGGCCCACUGGAGUAUCUUUCCGCAGAUUUAUUAGCUUCAAUAAGCCGAGUAAUCUUAAUGAAUGUAAGUCGAGUAACUUAUCUUUAUUAAAAAAAAUGGUGAAUAAUGAUGCUAGGGAUAACACAACAAUCAAGUUGAUAAGUUUUAAUUGUAAAUCUUUUAAAAGAUCAGCAGACUUCGUAAAGUCUUUGAGUGAAAGGGCGGACAUAAUUGAACUCCAGGAGACAUGGCUCCUGCCCCAUGAGAUUCCUGACUUGGGACAAGUAAAUAAGGAUUUUUGUUUCUUCGGGAAGUCUGCGGUUGAUACAAGCAAAGGAAUAUUGCGAGGACGGCCUUAUGGCGGUGUUGGCUUACUAUGGAGAAACAACGUGUUUGACUCUGUAUCUGUGGUUCCGUGUAUGAGCGAGCGUAUUAUUGCUAUUAAAAUAGUGUACCCGUUUACAGGAAAAAAAUGUUUACCAAAAUAA